AUGAAUCUUUCAGGUGGAAUGAUGAACGGAGGUGGAUGGGGAAAUCGAGGUCCAGGCGGUUGGGGAAAUGGUGGAUGGGGCAAUCGUGGUCCGGGUGGAUGGGGAGCGGAUCAGCGGGGAAAUGGGCCCAAUGAGCCACCACCGCCUGAUGGUCCACCUGUGCGUGGAGGUCCUCCAUCACCUCGUGGACCACCACCUCCAUGGGGUCCACCACCAGAAGGGCCGGGACUAAACCUUUUGGUAGGUGAAACACUCCUUUUUAUAAAAAUAUGA